AUGGCACAAGUCGCCAAGAUUCAACGACUCUUACAACAACUUGAAAUAAAUUUCGAUGAGGGCAGUUUCCGCGUUCUAUUCUCUCAUGUCAUUCGCAACCAUGAAAGUUUUGAUAAAGAUGACUGGAAAGAUUUAAUCCAGUUCGACAAAAAUUGGGAAACCUUCGGCUUCGAAACAGCUAAGGCGAUUUAUUCUUCUGUGAAUACAAACAAGAUGCGCCAGGGUUCCAAGUUAUCUACUAAAGGCUUCGUUAACGAAUCUAGGGGGAAGCAAGUAAAAACACAUCCUCAACACAUGCACGGUGAAGCGAACAGUUCUAACUCAAUAAGUCAAUGGAAGUGUAAUAAAUGCGGUUACAAUCCAAAUUUUGUAUGGCGUGUCAAGUGUUAUAGAUGUAAGGCGUUCAGGUCAGACCUUGAUCUUGAAUCCUUUAAUCUCAAUAAAGUGCCAUCAACAGCACUAAGCGCAUAUGAUAGAAGACUUCUGGAUAGUGAGCUCAUUUGGGCAAAGGGAGAUAAAGCAGAAGAAGAAGUCAAAGCAAUGGGUUAUAAAUAUUUUGAUUGGCUAAAUGGAUGGAGUAAAACUCCUGCAGAGGUGGAAAGAUGUAGAAAACUUGGGCAUAAACAGCGAGAUGAUUUAUAUAGUCGGACUGGAUCUAGGAAUCUUGUAAG